AUGGGCGGGGAAGGGAAGAGGAGGCCGCACCACCAAAAAGAUUCAUUUGGCGCGGACACUGUUUGAACUUCUUCAGCAUUCUUCACUCUCUUUUUAUUCCUUAUAUGCGCUUCCCCUUUCAUGUCAUUUCUUCAUGAGGCCAUCCAACUGAAGCUUCUGGGUUAAGAAACAUCUCCCCUUCUCCCAACCCUAAAAAGCAAUCCCACGCAAUUCAUAUUUUAUAAAUUCUUUCAAACCUCCUCCUUUAUUUUUGCUUCUCCCCUCUCUCUCUCUCUCUAAUACUCUAGUUCCUGUGAUUCUCUCCUCUUCUCUAUCUUUACAAAAGCAAGCCACCGAGAUCGAGUGAGCCAUGGUUUUUUCUUCCAUGUAUCCUUAUCUUGAUCCGGCCAACUGGCAACAACAGCAACCUGAUCGUCAGAUUGGAACUGGCGGUGGUCCGAGUUCUCAGCUUCUUCCUCCUCCGCCUCCGCUUCCUGCACAGUCUCAUGGGGCCGGCGGUUCCGUCUCCAUCAGGCCUGGUUCCAUGGCUGACAGGGCUCGGAUGGCCAACAUACCGAUGCCGGAGGCGGCGAUGAAGUGCCCUCGGUGCGAAUCCACCAACACCAAGUUUUGCUACUUCAACAACUAUAGCCUCUCUCAGCCUCGCCACUUCUGCAAGACAUGUAGAAGGUACUGGACCCGAGGUGGGGCGUUGCGAAAUGUGCCGGUCGGUGGGGGAUGCCGAAGGAACAAGAGAAGCAAAAGCAGCGGCUCAAAGUCACCGCCGGCGAGCUCUGAUCCCCAGACGGCCAGUGCUAGUUCAACCAAUUCAGUAUCUUCUAACAGUGCUUCUGCUGCUGAUAUAGUAGGCCUUUCGUCUCAGGUUCCGCCUCUGAGGUUCACGGCUCCUUUGCAUCAACUAACUGAGUUUGGAUCCGGAGAUAUGGGAUUGAACUAUGGUUUGAGUAAUUACAGCGCAAUUUCAGGUCCAGUGGGAGGAGUGGGUGACUUAAGUUUCCAUAUCGGAACCGCUUUUCCGGGAGGAGCAAGUAGCAGCAGCAGCUCGAUCUUAUCCGCCGCCGCCGGUUUAGAGCAGUGGCGGCUGCCACAAGCACAACAGUUUCCCUUCUUAGCUGGCUUGGGAGCCUCGCCUGAAUUGUACCAAUUUGAAAGUGGAGCUGCAGUGCCCAGAUAUGGUGGCGGCGCAAGUCAUCAACCCCGGCCAAAGGUUUCAACUGGGGUGAUAACUCAACUAGCUUCAGUGAAAAUGGAAGACCAUAAUCACCGGGAACUAAAUUUGUCAAGGCACUUCUUGGGGAUAAAUAAUAAUUCGACAGAUCAUGAGCAGUAUUGGAAUACUACAGCCGGUAAUUCUAAUACUGCCGCUCCUAAUUGGACUGAUCUUUCUGGGUUUAGCUCUUCUUCCACUACUAGCAACAAUCCACCAUAGGAAAAAAUAUAAUCAAAGAGAAAUCUCUGUUCCUUUAUGAAGCUUCUGGUUCUUUUGUUAGUCUGGCUUCAACUUCACAAAUUAAACUUCUUAGCACUCCUCAACUUGUCAACAUGGAGAGUAGAGCUGCUGAGGAUAGUUGAUGUGAGUACUUGGUUUCUCUAAUUAAGAUCUUAUGAAAACGCUGGAUAUGUGUUAAUUAGUUAUUCUUCAUUUAACCUUUUUUUCCGCUUUAACUAGUGUUAAGUAGUGUUACGUUGUUAUGAGGAUGUUAAUGCACAAUAGAGUGAAUUUAUGAGUAGUUCACCAGCAGAAUGAAUUAUUUUCAUCCGCAGCAGCUAAAAUAUUCUGGCGAUGUUCAAUGGUCACCCAAAUCUCAAAUGAACAGGUUCUUCUCUCUACAUAUGUUGGGAACUAUUGUAUUUUUGUGGAAUGGUUUUAUAUAUAAUUUGGUAGGUAAUUUCCUGCAAUAGU